AUGACAAGGGAGUAAAAAUCUCAGGACAAAACUAACCCACCCAAUUUUGCUUGUGGAAAUGAGGACGAUGACCUGGAGGUCACAAUUGUAUCUGAGAAUGAUUCCAAGCACAUUUAGGUUUCUUGCUCUGCAUAUGAGCAAACUAUACAUCCAUACCACCUUCUUUAUCAUAAAACAACCUACAAAGCCCUAAUUUUACUAGGAUUUGAUACCUUGAAGGCCAACAACAAAAAUCUUUUGGCUUAGAGACACGAACUCAUUUCAAAAUUCACCCAGAUUCCUAAAUAUUGAGACACAUUAAGUAGAAGAUUUUCAUUUGAAUUCUUUAUAGAUAACCACACUCCCACAUCAUAUUGUGAUCUUGCUAGUAUUACCAAUCCUAGUAGUUUUAAGAAAAUAUGUAAUUCUUUAAUAAAUGCAUUAUCAAUUUGCUAAGAUAGAAACUCCACAUAACAGGGAGACAAGGAAGACAGGUUUGUUGUGUUUAACAACUAUGGAAAUAGAUUCUUGUGCCACACUGAUCAGGGCAGCUUACAGAGAAAGAGAUUUUUCUCUGAUAACCCAGGCAAUGACGAGACCCAUACUUACUAAUGGAUCCAAAAAGCCUAUUCCAACCCGUUUUGGGGAAUGCAUAGGCUUUUACCACUGGGAAGGAAUGAGGUUUCCAAAGUUCCCUGUAGUGGCUGUUGAGCAGUUACCUGCUUGGCAGAAGGAAUCCCCAGCAAAGAGACAGAUGGCACUGAGGAAAAAGAAAGAAGACACUUUGAAAACAACACACAGCCCAUCAGCCAGGACAGCCAAAGGUGCUGCGGGGUUACAGCCCAUAAUAAAGUUUUUAUGCUGGCUGCAAUAAAAGAUAUCAUAAAUUCAAUCUCUGCUAAUGAGUUGAGGCUUGCAGUUGAUUUCAACAGUGUUGAUGGAAAGGAAACUGAUGACCACAAAAAAAAAAAAAGAAAAAAAAAAAAGACAAGACAACCUGAUCCAGAACUGUCUGUUUUCAGUAAGAAUCAAGUAAAUUCAUGGAACAGAGAUAUAAACCAGCCUGAUUCUAGCACACAAAGUGGUUCUGAAGAACUGAAACAGUUUGAGGACAGAGAAGUUCAUCUAUGUAACAGCUUUCAGCCACAGUCGGCUGCAGAGCAAGAAACAGACACCAAUGCUUUUUGUGCAAGAGGUCAAAGUUGCACCCAUAAACAGCUGCAAGAGAGCAUACUGGUAACAGGGUCUAAAGACCAGCCCCCCAAGGAUACAAAAGCACACCUAUCUAAUUAUGACUCAGGUCCACAACUGGCAGAAAAAAUGGACUCCAAGAUAUUCUGUGACAAACCUGCAAGGCCAAAGCUGCUAAUGACGGUAUCAGUGGGUUCUAGACCACCACCACCACUCUUUGAAGAGGACACAAACACAUACCUGCUUAAUUGCGAAUCACAAACUGCAGGAAGAGGCACCUCUGAGACACUCUAUGACAAUGCAGGAAGCUACAUUAGUGACCAACUGGUAAAGACUGCAGUAGCUGCAGGUUCAAGAUAUAUUACUAUUUUGAUGGUAGUUCUAAAUGGGUGUGAUAAGACACUCAAUUAUGUCAGCACUUAA